UUAUUGAAGUUAUUCUUAUCAUGACCUAUUAAAGACUAUCAUACAAUGUGUCGCUGGUCAGUGGUCUUUGUGUUGUUUUCGGCAGUUUGUGGUGCUGUAUGGAAACCGAGUGUACAUGAUACGUGGCAAUGGGAACUUAGUUCUGGACAUAUUGUUACAUCAGUGAACGCCCAUGUCUUCGAUAUUGAUUUGUUUGAUGCCGAUCAGAGUGCCAUCGAUAAACUUCACAGCAUGGGACGAAAAGUGAUUUGUUAUUUUUCUGCUGGAAGUUAUGAGAACUGGCGUCCGGACAAGAACGAGUUCCCUUCGGAUGUCCUUGGUAACAAUCUAGAGGAUUGGGAGGGUGAAAAAUGGCUGGACAUUCGAGAUGACAGAGUAAAAGCUAUCAUGCGAAAACGACUUGACAAGGCUAUCUCACGAAGGUGUGACGGGGUGGAACCGGACAAUGUUGAUGGCUACUCCAACAAUAACGGACUGGGCCUGAAAGCAAGCGAUCAACUGUCCUACAACAAAUGACUGG